GGCGUUCAUGCGCCAAAGUCCAGAACUCGGUUGUCAUGAGCAGUGUCGUCAGCUGUCUCGAGAGGUCCCGAUAUCGUGGGCACCAUUAGCUUGCAGACUUUGGAAAGACUACGCGUACCGAAAAAGACACAUAGACCUCCAUUUGAGUCGAGUGGAUUCUCCAGCCAGUAACCAGCCAUCAUGGCACAGUGGUUACGCCUUCAGCAACUGGACGCCAAGUACCUGGAGCAGUUGGACCAGCUGUACGAUGACACCUUCCCCAUGACCGUGCGACAGUACCUCAGUGCCUGGAUUGAGAGCCACGACUGGGACUAUGCGGCCAACGUGGACAAUACGUCUCUGGCCACGCUGCGGUUCCAUGGCCUGAUGAGCCAGCUGGAUGACCAGUACGGCCGAUUCAACCUGGAGAAAGACUUCCUACAGCAACACAACAUCAGGAAGAUCAAACGCAACUUACAGGAAAAUUUUGAGGCUGACCCCGUCUGCAUGGCCAUGAUCAUUAGCCGCAGCCUGAGGGAGGAGAGGCAGAUCAUCGCCAACGCAGAGCAGGCAGUGAAAUCGGAGCAGAGCUCACACUGCGACAUGGUGGUGGAGAAACACAAGGAGCUGGACAACAAAGUCAAAGACAUCAAGAACCGCGUGCAGGAGACUGAAACCAACAUCAAAUCCCUGGAAGAUCUGCAGGAUGACUACGACUUCAAGAAGAAAGACUUAUCCGGCCGAGAGGAGGUGAAGGACUCGAUUCAGAAGGAGGACCUUCAAAUCCGCAGUCUCUUCAUGAACCUCAACAACAAGCGAAAGGACGUGUUGAGCCAGAUGGCGGGGGUUUUGAACCUGGCAGAGCAGAUUGGCUACGACCUGAUCAACGUGGAGCUGCCCGAGUGGAGGCAGCGCCAGCAGAUGGCCAGCAUUGGGGGACCGCCCAACGUCUGCCUCGACCAGCUGCAGAACUGGUUCACAGUGGUGGCUGAGUGUCUUCUACAGGUUCGUCAGCAGCUUAAGAAGCUUCUGGAACUAGAGCAGAAGUACACGUAUGAGCAGGACCCCAUCACUCAGAGCAAGGUGUCCCUGGACGAGAGGACAUUCGCACUCUUCAAAAACCUCAUCCUCCACUCGCUGGUUGUGGAGAGACAGCCAUGCAUGAUCGCAAACCCCCAGAAACCCAUGGUGCUGAAGACCGGUGUGCAGUUCACAGUCAAGCUCAGGCUGCUGGCCAAACUGGAGGAAUUCAACCACAAGGUCAAAGUCAAGGUCUUCCUGGACAAGAGCGUCACAGAAAACAGAAAGGGAUGUCGCAAGUUCAACAUCCUGGGGACCAACAUGAAGGUCAUGAACAUGGAGGAGUCCAGUGGCAUGACAGCAGAGUUUUCCCAUCUGCAACUGAAGGAACAGAAAGUUCCAGGCAGGACCAAUGACGGGCCUCUCAUCGUGACUGAGGAGCUUCACAUCUUCAACUUUGAAGCAGAACUGGUUCAUGGGGGACAAGUCAUCAACCUGGAGAUUAGUUCAUUGCCGGUGGUGGUCAUCUCCAAUGUGUGCCAGUUGCCGUGUGGCUGGGCCUCCAUCAUGUGGUACAACAUGCUGACUACUGAAGCCCAGAACCUGGGUUUCUUCCUGAAGCCCCCGUCGGCCACGUGGGGGCAGCUGAUGCGCGUGCUGAGCUGGCAGUUCUCCUCCAUCACCAAGAGGGGACUUAACGACGAGCAGCUCGGCAUGCUGGGAGAGAAACUGCUAGGACCUACGGCAGCGAAAGACCCAGAGGCAGCCGUGUCCUGGAAUAUGUUCUGCAGGGGUGGCAAUGAUCAGAAAUUCACUUUCUGGCUGUGGAUAGACGGCAUACUGGACCUCACCAAGAGACACCUGCUGAGCCUGUGGAACGAUGGGUACAUCAUGGGCUUUGUCAGUAAGGAGCGUUCCAAGGAGUUGCUUAGAGACCGGCAGCCUGGAACUUUCCUGCUGCGCUUUAGCGAGAGCAACCAAGACGGAGCCAUCACGUGCAGCUGGGUCGAGCACACACGUUCAGUGGAGCCUCACGUGCGCUCGGUGGAGCCCUACACUAAGAAGGAGCUCUCUGCCGUCACGCUGCCAGACAUCAUCCAGAACUACCUCUUCAUGGCUCCUGAGAACAUUCCGGAACACCCCCUCCGCUUCCUCUACCCCGACAUCCCAAAGGACACGGCCUUCAACAAGUACUACAAGCCCAAAGACAAGCCUGUGGCCCCAAGUGUGCGGCCCGCAGAUGGCUACGUAAAGAAGAAGUGGAUCUUUGUGUCUGAAGUGUCUCCGUCUGAGCUUCAGGACAGCAUCAUGCCCAUGUCACCAGAGAUCUACGGGGAGCUGGAACGCAUGGUCCCGGGUCUCCUCAUCAAUGACCCCAAUAUUUACCAGGAUGAAAAUGGCAACGGCAUGUUAGAGCCAACAUGCUUCAUGGAGUCUUGAAGCAGGAAACGAGAUGAGGGGAAAAUCACUCCAUCCUUCAAUGCCACACCUCCCUCUCUCUCUCUCCCUCCAUCCCCAAGACUACAGAGAAUGGGAUCCAGGAAUAUGCCAGCCCCUUUGGGCAUAGUAUGAGGUCCACACCGAUAUAUAUAUACAGUAUAUAUACUGUCUGGUCUUAACAUACCUUGUAUUAAAUCUUAACAUACCUUGUAUUAAAUGAUUUUGCACAGAGACCUGGGAUAGCACUAUGAGCUAUACUGUCCUGUUCAAUCGAUAGCACUUCAUUUUCUACUGCCCUAUAUGGCUACAUCUGUCUUCCAGAGCUAAAAUAAAACUCUUAAUGUUG